AACAAACAGAUUGUCAAAGAUCUCCGUCAACGUUUGGAUAUAUGUACAUAUGUACACAUAGCUGCAGCUUUGAAAGAAUAAACUAUUGUUCUUACGUAAUGACGCCACUGCUCACCAAAAUUGGUCGGUUGGCCCGACGACUGCAAUUCCAAGCCUGCCGCGCAUCCCACACUGAACGUAAAGUGGAGGUGCAUGGAAUCGAUUUAAACAUUGUGGAAAGCGGCAACGGACCCCAUAGUCUUUUACUCAUGCCUGGUGCACUUGGCUCUGCCUGGACGGACUUCAAGCCACAAAUCGAACAGCUGCCGGCACUGCUGCCCGAUCACACAAUUAUUGCUUGGGACCCACCGGGCUAUGGAAAGUCUGUGCCACCGAAGCGCAAAUUUGGGCUUGACUUCUUUCGCGAGGACGCACAAGCGGCCGUUGAGCUGAUGCGCACACUCAAUAGGCCAAAAUUCUCCAUUCUUGGUUGGAGCGACGGCGGUAUAACUGCGCUCAUUAUGGCCGGUCGAAACGCUGAUGCUGUCGAGAAGCUGGCGAUUUGGGGUGCUGGUGCAUAUUUGAACGAGGCAGAGGUGAAGAUGCUGCGCGACAUACGCGAUGUAGAGAAAUGGUCACCACGCAUGCGCGCUCCCAUGGAGCAGGUGUACGGUCCCGAGCGAUUCGCUCAGCUCUGGGGAGAAUGGGUGGAUGCCGCUUGCGAUAUCUAUAAGCUGUGUGACGGCGACUUUUGUCAGCAGGAAGUGACACAGUUACGUGCACCCAUUUUCAUUCUACAUGGCAAGAAGGAUCCCAUGAUAGCAGCCGAGCAUGUGCCUUGGUUGCGGAAACAGCUACCACAGGCGAAAUACCACGAAUUUCCCGAAGGUAAGCAUAAUAUUCAUUUACGUUAUGCAGAGGAUUUCAACAAACUGGUGGCCGAAUUCUUCAGAUCCAAUUAGAAAGCAUGUGAUAUUUUAGAAUCGAAUAAAGAUAUAUAUAGCAAUUUAACUACA